AGAAAUGAAAAUACCUUAUGAUCAGAUUAAUUUUUUACAAGAAGAUACCAAAAAAAUCAUGGUUAAUACAUCUACCAAACUUGAGGAGAUGCAAUCAAAGGAAAUCAUUCAAAUGGCUAAUUAAUUGGGUACACAAGUUUACACAUACUUGCCAGUUUAAUUACUCCAAAUUGUAAGAUCAAGUAGUGACAACUUUUAAAAGUCAGCUGAUUAAUUUUUCCAACAGUAAUACCUUUUAAUUUAAAACUAUUGUUAAGGCUAAUUGUAAUUUCUUUAAUUCCAUAUACAUUAGAACUAGCCAAAGUUGAAAUAAUCCCUUUUAAUUAUCGGAUAAUUAGCACAGUGUGAUGUACAAACUCCUACAACAAAGAUUGAUGCCUAUUGAAAAACUAAUUCAAAUCUUUAACCAGAACUUGGAAACUAAAGAAGAAAGAACACAGAAGCUUGACAAUAUUGAAAAUACAAUUUCUAAGUUGUCCAAAGAUUUUGAUCUAAUCGAGUCACGUGUAAAUAAAAGAUAUGUUUGUUGUUUGGAAAUCAACGAAUCUACACGUGUCAGUACUAGAUCAAACAUUUCAACCUUUAAAGAAGUACGUGAAUAUAACGGUCAACAUUUUAAUCAAACAACAGGAACAUUUGUAUCACCACAUGAUGGUUUAUAUCUUGUCAGUUUAACUCUAUAUGAAAGUAAAGAUAAAAUUAUUGUAGUUGGUGUACGGGUUGGAGAUAGGCUGUGUAAGACUACUAUACGAGUAAGCUCCGCUGACACUAGCGCUGCUGGGUCAGUGGUUGUUGACAUGAAGGAGGGGGAAAAACUUUACUUUGAAGUAAUCGGAGCAGAUCAAGACGCAGUGUUAUUCUGGUUUAGUAGUUUCACUAUCAUGCGACCCAGGAUUCAAGUUGAACUCGUUGCACGGCACAAAAAAUAUUUGGAAGAACAGAUACAGGUUUUGGAACCUGUCUUGGAUGUUAUGAAACAAUUUGUUCAUUUACAUCACCAAGAUGAAAAUAAAAACUACACAGAUGUUGAGGGAUAUACGCCUUCAUUAUCUCAGUCAACACCACAAACUACAGCAGCAGAAAAACGUGACCAUAGUGAAUCAAAACAUCAAGUUACUAAACAUGUUUCAUCAACAGCAGACGUCAGUCGACUUGAGCAAAUAGAGGCAGCUAUAUCUUCUCUACAAGACGUCAGUCGACUUGAGCAGAUAGAGACAGCCAUAUCUUCUCUACAAGACGUCAGUCGACUUGAGCAGAUAGAGACAGCCAUAUCUUCUCUACAAGACGUCAGUCGACUUGAGCAGAUAGAGACAGCCAUAUCUUCUCUACAAGACGUCAGUCGACUUGAGCAGAUAGAGACAGCCAUAUCUUCUCUACAAGACGUCAGUCGACUUGAGCAGAUAGAGGCAGCCAUAUCUUCUCUACAAGAUGCCAAUGACAAAUCUACAGAUGACAUAUCAGAAAUAAAACAAUGGAGAGACAACUUUGUAACAGAACAGAGUGACAUGUGGGUAAACAUUGAACUACUGACUAAAAAACAAAAGCAGAAUUUUAAAAAUCUUAGAAAACAAAUGAGUGAACAAGAUAACAAAGUAAACGAGCUGAACAAAGAAAUUGAAAUUUUAAAAGAAAAAGAAUCCAAAUCAAAUAAAUCACUAGAGAAAAUGACUUUAGAUAUGAAAACAUAUGAAAACAACUUACACACAUUAAAUAAAGAGAUGCAAGAUCACACGGAUAAAUCAGACAGUAUAACAGAUGAAAUUAAAAGACAUUCAGAUCAGAUGUCUACCCUACAAGAAGAGAAUUAUAAAACCAUGCAUAAUACAUCAACACAAUUAGAAAAGCACAGUCUAAUGUACAAACUUCUACAACAAAGGUUGAUGCCUAUUGACAAACUAAUUCAAAUCUUUAACCAGAACUUGGAAACAAGGGAAGAUAGAAUAACGAAGCUGGAAAAUAUUAAAGGUGCUAUUUCAAAAUUGUCCAAAGAUUUGAAUCUUAUAGAGUCACGUGUAUGUAACAGAUAUGUUUGUUAUAUGGAACUUGCUUAUUACACACCUGUCAGUGUUGAAUCAAUUAUUUCAACCUUUGGUGAAGUACGUGAAUAUAACGGUCAACAUUUUAAUCAAACAACAGGAAAAUUUGUAUCACCACAUGAUGGUUUAUAUCUUGUCUGUGUAACUCUACAUGAAUGGGAAGAUAAACUGAUUAGAGUCGCUGUGGUGGCUGGAGAAGAGUGGUGUGCCUACGAUAAAGAGCUAUCUCCUUAA